CGCUUCGGAUGCCGGAAGUGACAUCUACAUGGACCCCCUUGGGCGCGGAAGGAAACUAAAAUGAACACAGCGCGCGCACACGGUCGUAUCGCGAACCGGCGGGGGCGGUGACCAACAGCUAACACGUGGUCUUCUCACAAGUCACGCGCGGGAACACUGGAACAGAAAGGGAACGCCUCUAUGCGUGCCUGCGUUUGCGUGUGUAAGAUAGCGAGCCACAUACGCAGACGCACACGCACACGCACACACACACACACACACACAGAGAGAGAGAGAGAGAGAGAGAGAGAGAGAGAGAGAGAGAGAGAGAGAGAGAGAGAGCUGUCCGCGCCUGUUUCCUGAGGUCGCCCACGGGAUAACACGGAGAGACGGCGGAAUAGGUAGAGUUAUCGGAGAGCGGUGGGCGGGGGAAAUAGGAAGAGAUCGAGUCCGCCGAGAGUGGUCGUUGGGGUACUGAGUGUGCUGUGCACCGAAAGUAUGAUGACUAGGAAUAUGAGUAAGCAACAGUAGAUAGUAGGAGGAAUAGGGCAAGGAGCGGGGAGGCGGGAGGAGGGAAAUUGGACGUGUGGAGAUUACCUACCUACCUACCUACCUGGUGCCUCGGAGUGCGAGUCGUGAAGGAGGAAGCGAGGACGAGCAAGAUCCUGCGGUCUGUGUGACUCUGGCUACCGGAACGACUAUCUGUUUGAUACAGCGGCACGUGGUUUUGGUCGAAGGCAGGUGGGGCGAGAAGGUGGUGGUCCUGCACCAAAGCCCAUGUGGGUGAAUGGUGCACACAUGUAACUGUUAGCUUUUAGCAAACAACUCAUGAGUUCGAACCCUGGUGCAAUCAGAUAGAUUUCCAGGCGUUGCUGCUGCCAGCCAUAAGUUGCCUAUGCAUUUCUGGAGAGGCUCUACACUAAGGCCAGGAUGUGGAAUGCAUUGUUCGGCAGAAGGGAGCGUUUCUCCCUGGAGGAGUUCAGGUACCUCUACGACCUGUUGCAGAAAUACCCCAUCAUAACAGAUUCUAACAAGGACAUCGUUGUAGAAACUCUAAGGUCAAUUGCAGAGCUUAUGAUAUGGGGGGAUCAACACGAGCCAGCAUUUCUAGAUUUCUUUAUAGAAAAGGAACUCCUUGCGCAUUUUUUACGAAUUCUGAGGAACAGCAAGCGGCGUGGUGGAGUGGCUGUUCAGUUGCUGCAAACGCUCAGUAUCAUGAUUCAAAACAUACGGAGCGACAGAGCUGUAGAUUACAUGUUCAGAGAAGGUUACAUUAACAAACUGAUCCAAUUUCCCUUCGAUUUUACGGACGAGGAACUUCUCGCCUAUUACAUUUCUUUUCUUAGGACCAUUAGCAUGAGGUUGAACUCGACUAGAGUGAAAUUUUUCAUCUUUCAGAAAGAUGAUGGAACAUUGGCGUUUCCUUUGUAUACAGAGGCAAUCCGAUUCUUUCACCACGAAGAAAGCAUGGUUCGAAUCGCAGUUCGAACCCUGACCCUCAACAUUUACAAUGUAAAUGAAGAGUCUGUUCGUGAAUUCAUUCUCAGCGAGAAUGCAGUGGAGUACUUUUCUGACUUGGUCAGUUUUGUUCGGCAGCGCAGUUUCACCUUGGACAGUCUAAUAGGUGAUGCAGAGAGGCAAGGCGGGACCAAGACUGCUAUUGGAAGGCUGGAGGGCGAAAUUGCGGAGACAGGUGACUUGUUGUUCUAUUGUAAUGACAUUGCAUGUGCAGGAAUACCGGGAUUGAGCUCGAUUAUGACGGAGCAUCUCAUGAACGCCCUUGUCUUGCCAGUGCUCCUGGCUUCCCUUUGGAUGUCAUCGGGGGAAGAGGAAUCAUCGGACCAUCAAUUGGCCACUGAUAAAAUCUACUUGACUCCAUUAUGCGCCAUGUAUCUUCUGUCGCGGCUCUUGCAUGUCGUUGCCCAUAAGCCACUUCUUGAGGCUAUUGUCAGUUCAAUGUGCAACUCACUGCCGGUGCCACAUGCUUUGCCGGAAAAUGGGAGGCCACCAAGCAAGGGAGGAGGAGGUGGCAAUGGGACCCCUCUUGAAAAUGGAAUGAUUGUCAAUGCGUCUGUGGAGAAGGCUUUCAGUCACAGAUCUCUUAGUCCUACGGAGACUGGAAUGGCGGCGAUCGCAACAGCGACACAGCUUGCACUUGACGACAAUGGAAAGCUAUAUGAGUUUGUAUCGGGGUCGCUCAAGGACACGGCACAGAAGGCAGAGGGUCGACAGAAUGGAAAAAACAAUGUGGAUAGAGCGAGGGAUCGGAGGGAACAAAGAGAUCGCAGUGGAUCUGUGCGGCAACCUAGGAAUGCAAGGGAAGUUGUCAUGGCACAUCUCAGAGGCGAUGAUGAUCGACUAGUGUUGGCUGCUCUGUGCGUCUUAGUUUCAUUGUUGCGGAACAAGGAUGCGGACGAAGUUAUGUUGGACAUGUUUGGAGUCUUACCUUACCAGAAACUUCAAAAGAAGUUAUUGCUGCAAGCACUCGUGUCAAGCUCCUCAGAGGCCGAGCUUCAGAAGAUUUUUCCCUCCCCGGCUGAACCACAAGCAGGCCUCAAUUCAAGGCGCAUGGCCAACCAUGAUGUUGUCCCAACUGCAGAGUGUUGUAGGUGCUUUUCGUGGAAGGCCCGUCAUAAAGAGAGGUCGGGGGAAGCCGCUCACUGGGGUCAUAAGUUCUUAAGGGACAUUUGUGUACAUCCACCAGAGUCCAACAAGAGUGAUGAACAGGAUGUUUUCCCAGUUGAACUCAGAACGAGGAGGUUUCAGGUGCUGGAUGCUCUCACAGCCCUCCUCUCACGAAGGCCACCUCCGUGUGCUGAGGCUAUAUGGCAUGCAGGUUGGCUCUUAAGACAACUUUUGCCUAAUGCUGAGAGCAAAUUGAAUGAAAGCCGAUGGCAGUCCAUGGAUAUUGCGUACAAGGCAUCUUUGGAUGAUAUCCUACGAGAAAUGGACGAUUGCUGGUGCGAUGUGCUGCCCGCUGUUCUUCAGGACGAGUGGGCAGUGUGCAGACGAGAACUCGAGACGCCAAUGAUGCAACGGGACUCUGCUGCAGUUCUCAUGCCAAAGUUUAAGGCUCCCGACUGGAGAGAAGGGGACCAGAGCUCGUUUGUAAUAGGAGAACGGAUGCGGUUUGCAGCAAAGGUUUUCGUGGCCUUGCACCAGUUACGUCUGAUGCUCACUGAGGGUUCUGUUCCCAGAACUUUGAGUCUUCAAGAGGGACAUCCAGUGCCUCCAGGUGCACGAGUGGGACGGAAAGGUGUACCUGCUUCUGUCUGUGUUGAGGGGGAAGAAGUGGAACUGACUGCAGGUGAUUCUAUGGUGUGUAGAGUGGCCUUUGAGAAGGGAAAGGAGAGGGCCGUACAUCUUCUGGUAGCUGCAUCAGGACACUCUGGAUCACUUAUUCUUGCAGAUGGUUCCCAGAACAGACUUGGUUGGGGUGUUGUUCGAGUGAUUGCACCAUUGGCUGGUUGUCGGCCAAGAAUCGAUGAGAAACAUCCACGGUGGCUCCAUCUACGGAUCCGGUCACCAGUCCAUCCUCCUGCUGAGGCAGGUAUGCUUGCGUGGAACAGGACACGCAUGCGGAGGCCAGGGGACGGACGUUGGACCCUUGCGUUUAAUGAUGAGCAGCGUUGCCAAACCGCACAGCGGGUGGUUGCAGAAGAGAUUGCGUUUCAGAGUAAUGCUGUACGGCAAGUGCUCCAGCCUCUUAUUGGAUCUGUUCCUUCCGCUGAAGUAUCAAAGGAGAUUACCAUGCAAUUGGUAUAACCAGCGGAUCAGUGAGGUGAGAACAUGGGCACACCUCUAAGCAGUCGGAUGCUCGCACACAUGCAAUUCACACAUUCACACACACGCACACACACGCACACACACGCACACUAAUCUGGGUGGAAAAGGGAUGUCAUGAAGACAGUCGAAAACACACGCACAGACACAGAUUACCCCACCCAGGCGCACAUGCUUGUGCAAUGACAUGCAUGCUUGGGAGGACGUGUUCACACACAGGUGUGAAAAUACGCAGAUAGGAUUUAAGAAGGUGUAUGCAAAAUGUGAAAAUGCAAGAUGGUGCAAUGGUGUGAGGAAUGUUUGUGAGUGCUUGGGUAUGAGUCAAGAUAUAGGCCAUUUGAAAUAGUUAGGGUUUAUUCUGUCUUCUAGGGGAUUAUUCUCUUUGUA